AUGUCCAAUGUGACAACUGCAUGUUUUUUGCUGGCGCUAAUCGGUCACAUCAGUGCGCAGUUUGAAGUCCAGACCCCAUGGGAACUCGCUCGCAAAGGCAGGAUUAAGCGGCUGAGCUGCACCGUGGACUCGUCAGUAACCCUCUCCUCGACUCCUAUUCACUGGUACAGAGGCAAACCCGGAGAGGCCAUAGAACGCAUUUUGCACUUUACAGGUGGCGCUUCAAAACCCACCAUCGAGUCUAAAUUUGCCCGCAGAUUUAGCGGUGGUAUAAAAGACAAAACAAUUUCUAUGACCAUCAGUAGUGUAGCCGACGACGACGCGGCCACUUACUACUGCGCGCUGUGGCGCGGGGACACGGUUACAGAGCAUCCGCUCACAGCUGUACGUGAAGUCUGUUGCACAAAUCUGACCAUGUCCAAUGUAACAACUGCAUGUUUUCUGCUGGCGCUAAUCGGUCACAUCAGUGCGCAGUUUGAGUUCCAGACCCCAUGGGAACUCGCUCGCAAAGGCAGGGCUAAGCGGCUCACCUGCACCGUGGACUCGUCAGUAACCCUCUCCUCCGAUGUUAUUCACUGGUACAGAGGCAAACCCGGAGAGGCCAUGGAACGGCUUUUGUACUUUGGAGCUGGAGCUUCAUCACCCACCAUCGAGACAAAAUUUUCGGGCAAAAUUAACGGUGGUAAAAAGGACAAAACAUUUUCUCUGACCAUCAAUGGCGCAACCGACGGCGACGCGGCCACUUACUACUGCGCGCUGUGGCGCGGGUGGUAUGAGAAAGCCUUUAGCUCAGGCACGAGACUGAUUGUUACAGGUGGUAAUGCAAAGACUCCCAAAGUGUCAGCAUACUCAGUAUCCAAACCACAAUCAAAUGGAAAGCAUGUGUUGCUGUGCCAGGCUAGAGAAAUGUUCCCUGACCUGGUGAAAUUCAGUUGGCAAGCAGAAGAUCAGAGUGGGCGAAGGGAGGAUUUGAGAGAUGAGCUGCUUGAACAGAGAGAUGAGGUUCCAGAGGUCAGAAUAACCAGCAUGCUCAUUGUAGACAAGUCAAAAUUAAAGUCCAAUAAAUUCACCUGCUCUGUUGAACACAGCAGCAAUAAACAAACAGUUGACAUUCCUGAAUACAAACAACAAGAUGAAGAGCCUGAUCCUGUCCCUGUUAACACCUGUCCAACCUCUAAAGUAAUAGAACAAGUAAUAAAAGAAGAAGAGGAGGAGGUGGAGGAAAAACCUAUAAAUGGUGUGUUUGAGCUCAGCCGCAGCCUCUAUCUCUUCACUGUGACGUAUGUGAUGCUGCUGGUGAAAAACAUAAUAUAUUUUUGCACCAUCUUGGUCCUACUGUGCAAACGAAAUGCUGCAAAAAAGAAGAUGCUCAGAAGCAAGGAUUGUUGAUAAGUUCAUCCACCAAACAGCAUGCAACAUCACAGCAAUAGUUUUUGAGACACAUUUACCACAUUCAUUUUCUUAUUUACUUUGUAACUUGUUUGUCGUAAGUACAAUGAUAAACCAAAGAGAAACAUUUUUCAUUUUUUUUUACU